CGCGCUCCCAGCACAGCACUGCAGCACAGUUGUUUGCCAGGCUCCUCCAGCGCACUCCAAUGGAUAUCACCAUUCAUAACCCCCUGAUCCGCAGACCCCUGUUAUCUUGGUUGGCACCGAGUCGUAUCUUUGACCAGAUUUUCGGAGAGCAUCUGCAGGAGUCAGAGCUGCUCCCUGCUUCCCCCAGCCUCAGUCCCUUCCUGAUGAGAUCCCCCAUUCUUCGGAUGCCCAGUUGGCUAGAGACAGGACUCUCUGAGAUGCGACUGGAGAAGGACAAAUUUUCUGUAAAUCUUGAUGUGAAGCAUUUCUCCCCUGAGGAGCUAAAAGUGAAGGUGCUUGGGGACAUGAUAGAAAUUCACGGGAAACACGAGGAGCGCCAGGAUGAGCAUGGCUUUAUUGCCAGGGAGUUCAACAGGAAAUACAGGAUUCCAGAUGAUGUGGACCCUCUGACCAUAACCUCAUCACUCUCUCUGGAUGGUGUCCUGACUGUGAGCGCACCAAGGAAACAAAGUGACAUCCCUGAGCGCACUAUCCCUAUCACCCGUGAAGAGAAGCCUGCCAUUGCAGGAGCCCAAAGGAAGUAGGCUGCUAUUUAAAGUCACUCCAGGGGGCCAUUCAAGAGCACUUUUCAUCAGAUGCCAGCUAUAUUGAAUGGCUACUCUUAUUAUUUAUGCUGAGUAAGUUUACUAACAAAUAAAACAUGAA